AUUUUAUUGCAUUUUUUUUUUUUCUGGAUGGUCAAAUUUAUAUAGCACUUUCAGACCCGUUUCUUCUCUCGUUUGCAGGUGUUUCAGCCAAUUUGAUCUCUCCCUCUCUCUCUCUCUCCGAUUGUGCGCCGCGAGUUUAGGGGAAGAAGACCUAGCUAGCGGAUUUUUUUGGCGAUCCAAUCCGUCUCAUUUUUGAGUUUUUUGGGAAGAUAAUAAAGACAUGCGAGGAUGAUCUAAAAAUUAGGGUUUUUGUUUCAGAUUUUUUUGUUUAUCGAGAAAUUCAAGGAGAAUAGAUCUGCCGGGCUCUCAUCAUUCGUUUCGCCUGACUGCCAUUAUAGCGUGUUGUGUAUUCUUGUUUCGACCAUCGUCUUCCCCAACUCGAGUCACGAAAAUCGAAUUUAAAAGUCAAAUGCUACAACAAGAAGAUCAAAGACGAGGCCAGAUCUGAACAGCGAACAGAUCCACAUAAAGGAAAACAUUUAUCAGUUAAACUUGCAGAUAUUGUGAAGUUAUAAAGAUGGUGAAGCUAACUCUGAUUGCUCGUGUGACUGAUGGUCUUCCCCUAGCAGAGGGACUGGAUGAUGGUCGUGAUUUGCAAGAUGCUGAGUUUUACAAACAGCAAGUGAAAUCCUUGUUCAAGAAUCUCUCAAGGGGUCAAAAUGAGCCUUCGAGAAUGUCAAUUGAGACUGGCCCAUACUUUUUCCAUUAUAUUAUUGAAGGACGUGUUUGUUAUUUGACAAUGUGUGACCGUGCUUAUCCAAAGAAACUUGCCUUCCAAUACUUGGAAGACCUAAAGAAUGAAUUUGAGCGUGUUAAUGGGGGCCAAAUUGAAACUGCUGCCAGACCGUAUGCGUUUAUUAAGUUUGAUACAUUCAUACAGAGGACAAAGAAAUUGUACCAGGAUACCCGUACUCAGAGGAACAUUGCAAAGUUGAACGAUGAACUCUACGAAGUCCACCAAAUAAUGACUCGCAAUGUACAGGAAGUGCUUGGUGUUGGAGAAAAAUUGGACCAGGUUAGUCAAAUGUCUAGCAGAUUGACGUCAGAAUCUCGCAUAUAUGCAGAUAAGGCAAAAGAUUUAAAUAGACAGGCUUUGAUUCGGAAGUGGGCUCCUGUUGCCAUUGUUUUGGGAGUUGUUAUCCUUCUUUUCUGGCUCAGAAAGAAGAUCUGGUGAUUCAGUCCAAUUGUGAAGUUUCUGGAAGUUUAUUCAAAGUUUCUCUCUACUGUCUUUGGCCGUCUGUGUUCAAUUUCAAGACUUCAGAGAUUUCAGAUUAGUUUCCUGAUCCUCAAAACUGUUUCACCAACUUGAAGGUGACCUUUUAAUUAUUAUCUAGGGCAUACUUUUGUCACGAGGACUCCGUUUGUCGGGUGCCUCCAGAGUUGAGAUGCAGUUCAGAAUGUUUAUAGAGACUCCUACCAUGAGACCAUUUCAAGUGCCUAAAAUAUGACUCACAAACAGAAAGCUUUAAAUUGCCUGUGGCCUUUUUAUAUGUUGCUGUUGCUGUACUUGCAAUUGUCAGUUAUACUCGAACUAAGUUCUGUUUCUUCCCCAUUAUUGUGACAAUCAUUUCUCAUCUCGCCAAA